AUGGCUCCAGACCUCGAGAAAGCCCAAUCCAAAGCCUCCAAGUCUUCCGUUGAUGUCACCUCAUGCCUUUCACAGCCUGCACAUAGUCUUUCAAUCGACGAGGCCAUUCGGCUAUUAAGCACCAACCCAGACGACGGCCUCACAUCUGGAGAAGCCAGAUUGCGAAUUGAAAAGUAUGGCGAGAACAUUCUGCAGGGGGACACUGGAGUCUCCUUUGCAAAAAUCGUCAUUCGGCAAAUCGCGAAUGCCAUGAUGCUUGUCCUUAUCAUCGCCAUGGCAGUGAGUUUUGGUAUAGCGUCUUGGAUCGAAGGUGGCUUUGUUGCAGCAGUCAUUGUUCUCAACAUUGUAGUUGGGGUUUACCAGGACUUUGCUGCCGAAAAAACCAUGGACUCAUUGCGGUCUCUAAGCUCCCCGACGGGUGUUGUAACCCGCGAUAGUAAAACCGUGACUGUGCCUGCCAACGAGAUUGUUCCGGGUGACAUGGUUGAGCUUAAGGUCGGAGACACCGUACCCGCAGAUAUAAGAUUGGUAGAAGCCUUCAAUUUCGACACCGAUGAAGCUCUUUUGACCGGCGAAUCACUCCCAGUCACCAAGGAGGCUGAUGCCACAUUCGAUACCGACACCGGUCCCGGAGACCGAUUGAAUAUCGCCUACAGCUCAUCUACCGUCACACGUGGACGUGCAAGAGGCGUUGUAGUGGCUACGGGGAUGGGAACCGAGAUCGGUGCCAUCGCCGCAGCUCUUCGCGGCGGUGAUUCCAAACGCCGGCAGGUGAAGCGAGGCCCAGAAGGCGAAACCAAGAAGAUCUGGUACAUUCAGGCCUGGACUUUGACCACUACGGACGCGAUCGGUCGCUUCCUGGGUAUCAAUGUCGGAACACCUCUACAGCGCAAGCUGUCUAAAUUGGCUCUGCUUCUCUUUGGUAUUGCCGUCAUUUUUGCAGUUGUUGUUGCCGCAGCCAACGAUUUCCGUGGUGAUGCCGAAGUUAUUAUCUACGCGGUUGCUACGGGACUGGCCAUGAUCCCAGCUUGUCUGGUCGUUGUUUUAACGAUCACAAUGGCUGUCGGAACUAAGCAGAUGGUGCAGCGACAUGUUAUUGUUCGCAAACUCGACUCUCUCGAAGCCCUUGGUGCAGUGACGAACAUCUGCUCCGACAAGACUGGUACACUUACCCAGGGUCGCAUGGUCGCAAAGCGCGCAUGGAUUCCUUCCGUUGGAACCUAUUCGGUUGGAUCCUCGAAUGAGCCGUUGAAUCCAACAGAGGGAGACCUGAGCCUUAUUCCUGAACGGCCUGUCAACCUCGGCGCAGAUUUGAAGCCCGAGACCUCUUCACCCCAUGAUCUGCUGAAUAAUGAGCUCCUCAAGUCUUUCCUCAAUGUAGCCGCGAUGGCUAAUCUUGCUCACCUUCAUAAAUCAGCGAAUGAUGAAUGGCAGGCUCGCGGCGAGCCAACCGACGUUGCCAUCCAGGUUUUCGCAUCGCGGUUCGAUUGGGGACUUGAUCGCUGGACAAAAGGUGACAGCCCAGUCUGGCAACAAAAAGCCGAGUAUCCAUUUGACUCCAGCGUGAAAAAGAUGUCUGUAAUAUUCGCCAAGUCUGACGCAGACGUGGAAUCUCAAAUGAUCUUCAGCAAGGGUGCCGUUGAGCGUGUCCUAGAGGCCUCCACGACUAUCACCUGGCUAGAAGGUUCCGAGUCAGUUACCCUGAAUGAUGAAAUACGCGAUGAGAUUUUGCAGAACAUGGAAGCGCUAGCAAAGGAGGGGCUCCGUGUGCUUGCCCUCGCCGGUCGAAAGCAUAAGCCGAAGCAGGGAAGCGACGAGCCCCUUCCUCGCGAGGAGAUCGAGAAAGACCUUGAAUUCUACGGCCUUAUCGGACUAUAUGACCCUCCUCGCCCCGAAACUGCCGGCGCGAUUGCCCAAUGCUACAAAGCUGGGAUUUCCGUGCACAUGGUGACCGGUGACCACCCCGGCACUGCUCGUGCCAUUGCAGCCCAGGUGGGAAUUAUCCCCGGCAACAUGAACACCCUAUCCAAAGAAGUUGCCGAUGCGAUGGUUAUGACUGCUGGCGAAUUCGACAAGCUAUCUGAAGAGGAAAUCGACAAUCUGCCGACUCUGCCUCUCGUUAUCGCCCGAUGCGCGCCUAACACCAAAGUCCGCAUGAUUGAUGCUUUGCACCGACGGGGAAAAUAUGUUGCCAUGACUGGCGACGGCGUGAACGACUCACCGUCCCUGAAACGUGCUGAUGUUGGCAUUGCCAUGGGUCAAAAUGGCUCUGAUGUCGCCAAGGAUGCUUCAGAGUUGGUUUUGACCGAUGACAACUUUGCCUCUAUCAUAAAUGGCAUCGAAGAAGGGAGAAGAAUUUUCGACAAUAUUCAGAAAUUUGUUCUACAUCUUUUGGCUGAGAACGUGGCUCUUGCAUUGAUUUUGCUUAUUGGACUUGUGUUCAAGGACGAUACCAAUCAAUCUGUAUUUCCUAUCGCACCGGUUGAGAUCAUCUGGAUCAUCAUGGUCACUUCUGGUCUUCCUGACAUGGGCCUGGGGAUGGAAAGGGCCUCUCCAGAUGUUAUGGACCGACCUCCGCAAAGCAAACAAGGAAUAUUCACCUGGGAAAUUAUCGUCGACAUGCUCGUCUACGGUGUCUGGAUGGCAGCACUCUGCCUAUCUGCCUUCACACUAGUACUAUACGGCUGGGGUGACGGAAACCUCGCGCAAGGCUGCAACACUCAAUACAACGACGCCUCGAAGCCUUACGGCUGUGACACCGUCUUCCGUGCGCGCGCCACAACAUUCACCUGCAUGACCUGGUUUGCACUCUUCCUCGCCUGGGAAAUGAUGGACCUCCGCAAAAGCUUUUUCCGCAUGCAACCUGACUCCAAGCGCUAUUUCACGCAGUGGAUGCAUGAUAUCUGGGGCAACCAGUUUCUGUUCUGGGGCAUUAUGGCAGGGUUUGUCCUUGCGUUCCCGAUUCUUUAUAUUCCUGUUAUCAACCACCAGGUAUUUAAGCAUUCGAGCAUUUCAUGGGAGUGGGGUAUUGUCUUUGUUGAGACGGCCCUUUUCUUCAGUGGCAUUGAGGCUUGGAAAUGGUGUAAGCGCUGCUAUUUCAGGCACCAGGAGAGGAGAGCGAAGAAGGCGGGCGAUGUGCCGAGAGAUGAGCAUCGUCGCUUGAGGGAUUUCAGUCGACACACUACUAUGAGUCGCUCGGAGACCCAAGCGACUGGCGAUAUGAAGGUUGCACAGUCGAUGGUUUAA